AUGAUUAAAAGGAAGCUGGGAGCUGUUUUCGCGACCGCAAUGUUACACAGUCGAUUGACGACAGCUUUGGCAGUCCAGCACUCUGCGUUGGCAGACGUUGGAACGGAUGCCUUCGGAGGAAAGGGUCUCUUUGCCAAGCAAGACAUUCAAGCCGGAUUAUCUGUACUGGACAUUUCUCGUGCCGAUAUUAUUUAUGGAUGCGAGCCGCACAGCUACUUGGCCGAUGUCACUGUACGGCGCCUGAGCCCAGACGACGAUAACGAAUCCCAACGUGGUUUCUGGUCCAUUGCGGCGGCACUGGUGUGCAGUCGUCUUCUCGAAGUCCCGGUGGCUAGCAAGCUGGGCGUCGGACCGAGUGUAAUUUCCUAUAUAUCCCAAUUACCAUGGGAUGACUGCAUGUGGCAGCUGCCUAUCGUGUGGAGCGAAAGCGUGUUAGACCAAGCACUAAUAUAUGGAACCGAAAUGGCUCUGGCAGAGGACUUGCAUGCCACACACGAGUCGUCUGCUGACGUGUUCGAUACAUGUUUGAAAGCCAAAAGGCGUGUUUUGAAUCUGAAACAAAUCGGGACAGAGCUUGCAGAAGUCUUGCUCCCCAUUUUACAUCAAAACGGUUGUCUUCAUAGCGACGAUGUCAUCAUGCUUACCUGCCACCAGGCUGUUGCUCUGGUGUUCAGCCGCACGCACCAAAAAGGAUCCGCGGGAAAACUCGCGCUACUGCCUUUUUUCGAUUGUGCCAAUCAUAUGGACGACUCUAAUUGCCGACUGUCGGAAUCAGAGGGUGAUGAUCGACUACACAUGGUAGCAGAACGGAACAUUAAAAAAGGUGAAGAGUUGACGAUCAGCUAUGGGAUCGCCUACGCAUUGGCGGCAUUCUGCUCGUACGGAUUUGUGCCAGAUCCACUUAUCAGGGGUGAUCUCGCCGGGAAAGCCAUUCAGUAUGCUGCACGAAAAGGACAGUCGUUGGCUGCCGAUAGAAGUCUGAACCCUGGCAAGGAUUGA